AUGAGUCUACUAUCGGGCCAUAAGAAUGUUCUUUCUCUUCGCGAAGCAUACGAAGACGACGAUGCGUUUUACUUGAUGACGGAUCUCUGCACGAGUGGGGACCUGUUCGAUCUAAUCGCGGAAACCAACGGCCUGGAUGAACAAAUCGCGAGGCACAUAUUUCUUCAGAUUGCUAGAGGGCUUCGUUGGUGCCACCACUUCGACGUGGCUCAUCGCGACAUCAAGCCCGAAAACAUCCUGCUGACGUCAUCCAAGGCCCUAAAAUCUGUACCGAUAUCUGCGCUGACAACCCAGCAUCAACAAGCUACUGCAAUCUCCACUUCUCGUACAACUCCCUCCGAGGCGGAAGAUAAACACCUUCAGUCCAAUUGCAGGCUUGAAGAUAUUGAGGUUCGAAUUGGAGACUUUGGAUUGGCUCAGGAGAUUCGCAACGGCAAGGAAUUGAGAAACGUGGUCGGGAGCUAUCCGUACGAGGCGCCCGAGGUGCUUGCGUGUCAGGGACACGAUCUUAAAGCCGACGUCUGGUCUCUCGGUGUGGUUCUGUACAUGAUGGUAUGUGCCGACUGGCCCGCGUUCCUUAACGAUCGCAGGGAAUUGCUGCCGGUCGAUUUCGCCGUCAGUCCUUGGCCGUCCGUGUCGAGCGGCUUGAAAGAUCUCGUCCGUCGGAUGAUGGAGGUCGACCCGACGAAGAGACUGAGCAUUGAUGGAGUUCUGUCGCAUCCAUGGGUUCUAGGAUUCAUACGGGUGCUCUUCACCAUCCUCCUCAUCCGCGGAUGA